UACUAAUUAUUGAUGACUCAUUAUCUCGAGAUUCAAAAAUCCCCAAUUUUUCUGUAAAAAUUCAUUCCAAUUAGGGUUUUUGUUUUUGCUGAUUCAGGGAGAAAAAAAAUGUCAGACCUAGAUAGACAAAUAGAGCAGCUAAAAAAAUGCGAGCCAUUAAGAGAAUCAGAAGUGAAAGCUCUGUGUCUUAAAGCCAUGGAAAUCCUCGUCGAAGAAAGCAACGUUCAACGUGUUGAUGCUCCCGUCACGAUAUGUGGAGAUAUCCAUGGGCAGUUUUAUGAUAUGAAGGAGCUUUUCAAAGUAGGAGGGGAUUGCCCUAAGACUAAUUACUUGUUUCUUGGAGAUUUUGUCGACCGAGGAUUUUACUCCGUCGAGACUUUUCUGCUUCUACUUGCUCUUAAGGUUAGAUACCCAGAUAGAAUAACUCUAAUUAGAGGGAACCAUGAGAGCCGCCAGAUAACACAGGUUUAUGGAUUUUACGAUGAAUGCCUGCGUAAAUAUGGCUCCGUGAAUGUUUGGAGAUACUGCACAGACAUUUUUGAUUACUUAAGUUUAUCAGCUCUCAUUGAAAACCGCAUUUUUAGCGUUCAUGGUGGUCUUUCUCCUGCCAUAUCAACAUUGGAUCAGAUCCGAACUAUUGACAGAAAGCAAGAGGUACCUCAUGAUGGUGCAAUGUGUGACCUUCUCUGGUCUGAUCCUGAAGAUAUUGUAGAUGGUUGGGGUUUGAGUCCACGUGGUGCUGGUUUUCUAUUUGGCUGCAGUGUGGUCACAUCUUUCAACCAUGCAAACAAUAUUGAUUAUAUAUGCCGCGCUCAUCAAUUGGUAAUGGAAGGAUACAAAUGGAUGUUCAAUAACCAAAUAGUUACUGUCUGGUCGGCUCCAAACUACUGUUAUAGAUGUGGUAAUGUGGCUGGAAUUCUUGAGUUGGAUGAGAACUUGAACAGCAAGUUUCGUGUUUUCGAUGCAGCUCCACAGGAAUCAAGAGGCGCACCAGCCAAAAAACCGGCACCUGAUUACUUCUUAUGAUACAAUGUCAAAGCCUUUUAUCGUCAAAUACAAUUCUUAUUGAUCGCAAAGAACAACUACAGUGUGGAUAGUGAAGAAAAUCUGGAGCAAACAGCAGAAGAAUUCGAGAGUGGUAUAACCGAGUGAUCGAGUCUUGAAACAACCCGGAGGACCUUACUUUGAUCUCUCGGGUUUGAUUUUUUUCGAAUUUCCACUUCCAUUGCCGCUAUUUAUUGUCUCUGAUGAUAGUAUUCUUGUAUACCAAGUCAAUCAUGGAAACAUUAUUUGGGUAUAGAUUAAAAGGGUGGUGUAAAAGAGGGUUUGGUUUGCAUUCAUUUGAUGGAAGAUUGUUUAGUGGACACGGAACAAGUGUAAGCUCUCAGAUUUGUUGUGCUUUA